AUGAAGGGGAAGAGUGGAGUUUGUCUUGCGUUGAAGGCGCUGCUGACGGGGAUGUGUGCGCUGCUGCUCCUGAGCUCAGCAGGUGUGGUGUUCCUGUUGGCCAAGCACAAGGAGCUGACGGAGGAAGUUGUCAGGUUGGACGCCCAGAUGCGGGAGUUGUCGCAGGAAAGAUUCCUAUACACAGACCUUGAAGAGGCAGGACAGCUGAAGACGCUCCGCAGCAGAAGGAGUCAGGGUGGAGAAACAAAACAAAGCCAUGACAAAGACGAGAAGGAUAUGCUGUUGCUGAUGACAUACUCCAUGGUCCCUAUCAAAACUUUUGUAGAUCUGUGUAACAGCUCUGUAGGAAUUUGUUUAACUGGCCCAGUUGGACCUCCAGGUUUGCCUGGCAGAGACGGUUCACCAGGAGCACAUGGCAGACGGGGAAAAAGAGGACCCCCUGGUGAAAAAGGAGAACCGGGACCUAAAGGGGACCCGGGGCCUCCACGACUGAAAGGCGAAACCAACAACGACAUUUUCAUUGAGGGUCCUCCUGGUCCAAGGGGUCCACCUGGCCCACCAGGCCCAUCCGGUCCACCUGGUCCCACUCGGUGCCCCAAGAAAACAGGAACCAAGACCAUCAGAGAACGCACCCACCAAACCAACAUAUUGAUAGAUUUAUUUACGUUCCUGACCAGCGAGGCCGUCAAUGAAACCAGAGCAGAAAACAUCAGCCGAUGGUCGAGUAAAGAGUCUGGAUCUCCAAAACCUCACCCAGCUGAUGGCGUGAGAAGUGUCCUGAAUGUUACUCACUCCGACAAACUUAAAGACACAAAUAUUGAAUCUGAUCAGACUCAGAUGAGUUAUGCCUUUAAUAGUAGUGGAAAUAUUAAUGAUACAUCCAUGAAAAGUGACUCUUCAUAUCCAUCCCAGACCGACAAUCUGAUGAAUGUGACCAAAAACUGGACAAAAACCGAUCUGACUCAAAACAGUGAAAUCUUUAAUGGUAGCACAAACAUCACUGAUACACUCAAGAAAAGUGAGUCUGUGUCAUUUGAUAAAGACUACAUCCACGACACAUUGAAUGAUACCAACACAGAAAAUGUUACAGAAGCGGCGAUAAAAUUAUCAGGCCCAAUUUCUGCAGACAUAUUCAGUGAUGCUUUCAAUGGCAUCAAAAACAUAUUCGACACACUCAAGAAAAGUGAGUUGGUAUCACCUCGUCCCGACUACAGAGACAACACUUUGACUGAAACCAACACAAACCAUGUCACAGAGGCAUCAGUUAACAUAUUAACAGUUUUACCAACACCGCAUCCAGCUCUUGAUGCCGGAGAUGUCUUAAAUGUUACUGAGACUGAAAAACUUCCAGACACAAAUUUGGAAACUGAGUCUGUGUCAUUUGAUAAAGACUACAGUCAUGACACCUUGAAUGAUACCAACACAGAAAAUGUUACAGAAGCAGCAAUACAAUUAUCAGGCCCAAUUUCUGCAGACAAAAUCAGUGAUGCUUUCAGUGGCAUAAAAAACAUAUUUGAUACACUCAUUAAAAGUGAGUCUGUGUCAUUUGAUAAAGACUACAGUCAUGACACCUUGAAUGAUACCAACACACAAAAUGUUACAGAAGCAGCAAUAAAAUUAUCAGGCCCAAUUUCUGCAGACAAAAUCAGUGAUGCUUUCAGUGGCAUAAAACACAUAUUUGAUACACUCAUGAAAAGUGAGUCUGUGUCAUUUGAUAAAGACUACAGUCAUGACACCUUGAAUGAUACCAACACACAAAAUGUUACAGAAGCAGCAAUACAAUUAUCAGGCCCAAUUUCUGCAGACAAAAUCAGUGAUGCUUUCAGUGGCAUCAAAACCACUAUUGAUACACUCAUGAAAAGUGAGUUGGUAUCACCUCGUCCAGACUACAGCAAUGACACUUUGACUGAAACCAACACAAACCGUGUCACAGAGGCAUCAGUUAACAUAUUAACAGAGUCUGCGUCAUUUGAUAAAGACUACAUCCACGACACCUUGAAUGAUACCAACACAGAAAAUGUGACAGAGGCAGCAAUAAAAUUAAAAUCAGGCCCAAUUUCUGCAGACAUAUUCAGUGAUGCUUUCAAUGGCAUCAAAAACAUAUUCGACACACUCAAGAAAAGUGUAUUCGGAUCACCUCAUUCAAACUACAGGAAUGACACUUUGACUGAAACCAACACAAACAAUAUCACAGAGGUAUCAGUUAACAUAUUAACAGACUCAGUUUCUACAAAUUCGACUCAAAAGAGCGAUGCCUUUAAUAACAGUGGAAACAUUAUUAAUAAACCCAUGAAAAGUGACUCCCUAUAUCCACUCCAGACCAACAAUCAGAUGAAUGUGACUAUUGAGAACUGGACAAAAACUGACUGCUUCAUUAAAACCAUAAAGUGUUCGGAGGAAGUCACCAAAAUGCGAAGCACUUUUGGAGCCUGGAUGUCAGAUGCAUCCCAGCUGAGUGAAGGUCGAUACUGGCAGGCCGAACAUUUUUCAGGUCGUCUUUUGACGGAGCACAUGAACAUUUCGGCAUUUGAAAAUACAGGCAUUAAAACUACAGAUGUCAAGAGGUUCUACCAAGGGUGUGGUCAUGUGAUUUACAAAGGGUCCUUUUACUUCCACAACGCAGGAACACACAGACUCAUAAAAUUUGACCUAAACACCAUGAGAACAAAAACUCUGAUCAUGCCACGCAGCAGAUACAAUAACCUGACUUAUCUUUUCCACAACUCAAAGACUUAUUUCAAGUUUGCUGUGGAUGAAAAUGGACUGUGGGUCAUCUUUGCAUCAAACACAGACGACAAUACGAUGGUGGCGAAGCUAAACCCAAAGACAUUCAGUGUGGAGUCUAUCAUUAACACGGCCUACCCCACAAGUAAAGCAGGAAAUGCUUUCAUUGCAUGUGGGGUGCUCUAUAUCACUGAUGGCACAGACAGAAGAGUGACAUACGCCUUUGAUUUAAAGACACAGAGUCCUCUUGAUGCAAGUUUUGAUCUGAGGCCGGCUAAUGGCAUCUUGGCUAUGCUGUCAUAUUAUCCCAACAAAGAGCUUUUGUACAUGUGGGACAACAGCAGCGUGAAAACCUGCAAAGUUCAAUUUAAGCAGACCAAAACAUAAUCAUAGACCUUCUAUAAAUGAGUAAUAAAAGAAUGUUUAAGUUUCAUUUGGUUUACUUAAAUUUCAUGACCAUAUUUCUACAUAGGAGGAAGUUUCUAGUAAAUUUUUGGUGGUAAACGAUGUGACCCAUCAGUCAAAUCAAGAUGACUGUAUGUGUAUCGAUUCCAAGGAUUUACAAAGUGUGAUAUGGUAAAUGGUGGUACGAGAUAUGGACAUCUGGAUUCUCUCAGCUGUGACUCCUUUUUAGUUAAAAAGAGUGUGUUUGUAUUAAAGUUUUGUACAAAAUGUUUGCUUUGAUAACAUUUGUUAGCCCAAAUUUGCCACAUUAAA